AUAUUAGAUUUUGUCAAUAUGUAAUGAGAUGACAUGUCAAGCGUGACUAUCGCAAGGGAAAUUUCAGAAGUGUGACAUCGAGGUCUCGUAGACACCAGUUUUCACAACAUGUCUUUUAUGUUUAGGAAAUUUCAUUCUGUAAUCGGUCAACAUCACAAGAGAAUCACAGUCUUUACACUCCACCAACUAAGGAUGGACAGAGUACCAGCUGCAACAGCUGGGGUUACCAGGAAUGCCAGUUCAUUCAAGCAUGAAAAUGCAUUCAUUGAUGGGAAAUGGGUUCCUGCUGCCAGUGGGAAAACUUUUCAAGUGAUCAAUCCGUCAACAGGUGGAGUGAUAGGAAGUGUCCCUGACAUGGAUGCCCAGGACACAGAGGAAGCAAUAAAGGUGGCUUACAAAGCGUUUCAGACGUGGAAGGAAACCACAGCCAGGGAAAGAAGUGGUGUUCUCAGAAAAUGGGCAGAGCUUUGUACACAACAUAAAGAUGAACUAGCAAAGCUUCUCACAGCUGAAAUGGGCAAGCCUCUUGCAGAGGCAGCGGGAGAAGUGGCUUAUGGCACAGCAUUCAUAGAAUGGUUUGCUGAGGAAGCCCGGAGAGUGUAUGGAGACAUUAUCCCAACUACAACCAAUACACGUCGCAUGCUUGUCCUCAAACAACCAUUGGGUGUUGCUGGCAUGAUCACUCCGUGGAAUUUCCCCAAUGCUAUGAUAACUCGAAAGGCCUGUGCAGCCAUUGCAGCAGGCUGUACUGUAGUACUGAAGCCUGCUGAGGACACCCCUUACUCAGCCCUUGCCCUGUGUGAGUUAGCGUCUAUGGCUGGAAUGCCCCCAGGUGUUCUGAAUGUAGUAACUUCAUCCCGAGACCAUGCUGCUGAGGUGGGAAAAAUGCUGUGUAAACAUCCGCUGGUUAUGAAGAUCUCAUUCACAGGUUCCACCCAAGUUGGCAAGAUUUUGUUGGAGCAAUCAGCGUCCACUGUGAAGAAAGUUUCCCUUGAGCUGGGAGGAAACGCCCCCUUUAUUGUGUUUGACAGUGCUGAUGUUGAUGCAGCUGUCAAGGGACUGAUGGGCUGUAAGUUUAGGGUUUCUGGUCAGACCUGCGUGUGUGCCAAUCGGAUUCUGGUUCAGGAGGGGAUCUAUGAUAAGUUUGUACAGAAAGUAGCGGAAACCAUGGACCGGGAACUCAAAGUGGGAGACGGGUUUGAGGAUGGUACCACACAAGGCCCAUUGAUCAACAGUAAAGCAGUAGACAAGGUCCAGGGCCAUGUGGAUGAUGCUGUGAUUAAAGGGGCUACUGUUGUCAGGGGAGGUAAGAGGCUGGACGGAAACUUCUUCCUUCCCACCCUUCUAUCACAUGUAACACAGGAAAUGAGGUGCUCAUCUGAGGAGACAUUUGGACCUGUUGCUCCUAUUUUGAAAUUUAAAACGGAGGAGGAAGCAGUUGCGAUAGCAAAUGUUACAUCAUCAGGUUUGGCAGGGUACUUCUUCUCCCAAAACCUCAGUCAGAUCUGGCGUGUGGCUGAGCAGCUGGAAACGGGCAUUGUAGGAGUCAACGAGGGAUUAGUGUCUGUCCCAGAAUCUCCAUUUGGAGGCUGGAAGGAAUCCGGUCUCGGGAGUGAGGGCAGUAAAUAUGGCAUUGAUGAAUACCUCCACCUCAAAUAUGUGUGUAUGGGUGGAAUAUAGACUGAAUCAUAAAUAUGUACUUAGAUAUAUAUUUUCAGAUUAACUAAAACAUUUUAGCGAAAACAGUACUAAAUCAAUCAAAUAGUUGUGUAUGUGAGUAGAUGCAAGAGUUGUUAUACAAUGUACCUAAUGAAGAAGUAUUCAUUAAUCAAAAUGAAACCAUUUCCAUAUUUUUAGUAAAGUUGGUGUUUAUAGAAGUCAAGUGCUUGUUGCGAGUUGCUGAAUGUGAACUUUUAUUUCAAAAUGGCAAUUGCUGUUGCACGCCAAAUUUUUCAUGCAAAGAUGGUGCUUAUGUAAAAAAUUCUUAUAUUGGGAAAGGGUAGUUGAUUAUAUCUUAAUUGCUGAAUGUAAUUUGUGAAUGAGGUCUAUGUGAAAUAUGCUAUAUAUAAAUUCCUAUAUGUAAAAUAUCAGGAAAAGAAUUAGUAAUCUGAUUUGUGCCUCAUCUUUUUAUAGAAGUGUCAAGAGCCAGUUAGAUUGAAAUUGGACAUUAGUUAUGUAGCAUAAGCAGUCUAAAAAACAAAUACAGAAUUGUCAUCUUAAAUACAUACAUACAAUGUAGAACCAUGCUUUUUAAUAUAAGUAAUGAGAGGUUACGAAAGUCAUAUAGAAUUUGUAUCCAUUUUAUAAACCAUGUGUAAACAGAUGUAGUUUAUUAGCCAGAUAUUAUUUCUAGUCUCAAAAUGACUUUGCAAUUGAUGGUUGUAUGGUAAUCCACUAUCAUUAUAUCAAGCACCAUAUAUAGAUGAAGAUUUAGAUUUGUAAGUAUUACAUUAGAUAUGGAGACCAAUGACAUAUCUUAGCUGAAGCCAAUAAAAUAAACAUGUGGUGAAUGUAUACUAUUAUGUCUUCAUCUAUUACAGAAAUAUUUAUAUUUCUGAUCCAACAAUA